GACCAGCCGCCAGCUUGCAGACGCGGGGGAAAUGCUGGGCGAUGGCACCAUGCAGGCCUGCAAAGGACCCGCGGCCCCACAACCUGGUUUGGCCACGCUGCGCAUGAUGCUGGUGCGCAGGUGCUUGCGCAUGGUCACAGGAUGCCAGGCUGUACCCGAGUGGACCGGGGGUCACGCGGGGGGGGGGGGAGAGUGGAUGCGACACUUCUCCUUGAAGCUUGGCCAGUUGCCUGCAACCCUGGUGUGGCUCACGCUGCUGUUGGGGCUCUCUGCCGGGAAUUCCUAACGGGGGGCAUCCAGCAUUGGGCUGCUGAGGGGCUGAGUGGGACGCGAGCGGUGGGUUUGGAUACUGCUGCACCACACCGCACGGGUCCGUCCACGGAUGUUGGCGCUGGGGCUGCGGCGAGUAGGACGGUUCCGAUGCACCUGGUUGGGGCACAGCAAGCUGUGGGUGAUGCGGCCGGAUGGUCGCCUGCCUGUGCCAGCGGCGUGGUGCGUGACGAGACGCCGGCCUGCCCUGGGUCAGAGCGGAGUGUGCGUGUGGCUACAGGCAAUUCUGCAUUCCGCUUGUUUGCUGAAUUAGAAGACGCUUGCCCUCCUGCGCAGGUGGUCCAGGACACCACGGUGGCCGCGAGGCACCAUGGACCAGCCACCACAGUGGACUGCUGCCGGACCGGGCACACGUGGACCCGAGGUCCCGCAUGCGGGCGCGGGCUUAGGCGCGGUGCAGUCCUGAGGAGUCGGGUGACACUGCCCAACACCUUGAGAGUUGGAAGAAAACUUGCAGCUGUUGCCGCGGGCGUGUCUGAGGGCAGAGCUGAACAGGGACCUGGUGCGGGGAGGUGCAUUGGGGGCGGGGUAGUGCACCGGCAGUGCGCUCCCGCGCCCGGGCCGACCGGACAACUGGGGCCCUGCCUGGCUAGUGUGCGCGGUUCGGCUGGUGUUGAACCCCCAGAUUCAGACUCGUCACCCCUUUUCUCAGCGUCUGUUGCCCCAGAGGGUCUGGCUCUGGCCCUCUGGGCCCUCGGCCACGUUGCAGCGGCGGUUGAUGAUUGUGCCGGGCCGUGUGCCAGUGUCCGCAGAGUCCAGGGAGUGUGGCGCUCAUCAGGCUUGGUGGACGACGAGGGUGGUGAGGUGUGGCCGAGCGCCAGCGCAGGGCAAUUCCAGAAUCCACUACUUGCAGGCACCUUAACCUGCUGGAAAGAGAGCGUCGAGGCACGGGUGUCAGCCGCCAUCGAGCAGUGGAAUGAUGAAGGGGUACUCCGCUGUGGAGAGGCGGAGACGUGCUGUUGCGCGACGUCUUAUGCCAUGCUGGCUGAUGACCUUUUAUCUUUGCUCCAGUAGUGCGGGCUGUUCUGCCUCACUUCACGGCGUACGGAGAGACGCCGUGCAUAUCACUAUCAUGUUAGAUUCCUCCCCGUCGGGCUCCAUUUGUCGUGUCUGUGGGGAACAGCGAUUCCUCCUGGUUGGGGAUGACUGUUUCCACAGAGUUGGUUAAGGGGCAUUCGGGCUUGUGGCACCUGCGGCCCUCGACAUGCUUGCAGAAGUGGGCGUCAUCAUAACAGUGCUCAAAAAAUAGAAAUAAUAUGGAAUCACAAAAAAAAAUAGGCAAGUCUGCCCAGUGGUCGUCGUCGUCGGUCGUCGGUCGUCGAUGUCGUUUUCUCGAUCAUGAUGAUGUCCCUUGAUCUCUUUCGAUGUUCUUUAUAUCGAGAUUUUACCCCACACAACGCGC